UUCACUGGUACAGCGUAUGAGGUGGUGCAUCUUGCGUUGUUCUCCGCGCGUCUGCAUCUUCUCAUCUUCCAUCCAGCCCCGAGCGACGCGGUGAAGAUGCUGAUGGUCGCCCUGAAUCUCGCACUCUGCCUGGUGGCCGUUAACGGGCUCCUUCCAGAAACUUGGACAGCUAACGGUGUGGACUUACAGUCUCACGCGCCCACAGAGACGAGUGUUGGACAAAAUCCGACUGCGAUAAACGACCUGUUCAGAGAGAUGAAGAAACUGGUGGAAGACACACAGCUCAAACUGGAGGAUGAUGAGCAUCAGAUGGACAACGAGAGUGCGAUAUCCAUCCAGCCAAUCCAUAACAUCACCUCGAAUUACAGCAACGAAAGUAGCUUGGAGAUCGUUACUGGAAAUCAAUCUGUCACUGCUGCAGAGGAGAUCGAUAAGAUAUCAGGCAACACAGUGGAAGAGAUCCACGUGACCAGUACCGUUAACCAGUCCAGCAGCAAGGAAAAUGACAUUCAUCAUGAAUGUGUUACUGACAAUGACUGUGAGAAGGGUAGAUACUGCCUCAACGGGGAACACCACUCCGACUGUAUGCUUUGCAAGCAGUCAAAGGCGACCUGCAAGAAAGAUGAGGAGUGCUGCGAGGGCCAGCUAUGUGUGUUGGGUCAGUGCAUGAACUCCACUAAAGGAAAAGCAGGAACCAUCUGCCAGGAACAAAGUGACUGUGACACUGAUCUGUGCUGCGUCUUCUAUGAAGGCCUGCUUUUCCCAGUGUGCAGCCCCAAACCCAAAGAACAUGAGCCCUGUAUCGCCUUCAACAAUAAACUGAUGAACCUGCUGUCAUGGGAUUUAGGACAAAGGGCUCCAAAAGAGCAUUGCCCCUGUGUUGGGGGCCUAACGUGCCAACAUGUGGGUCGCAGGUUGGCGUGUUUGAAAAGUCCGACCACCAGCGAAGAAAAUCUGACUGACGCUCUGUACUCAGAGAUCGACUACAUCAUCUAAUCCUGGACACAGAACCUGUUCAGACUUGAAGUUAGUACCAUAGUGAGCUCUGCAAACUUCACUGAGCCUGAAAGCCUUUAGCAGUCUGCUGUAGAAAACUAUUACUCAAGACAAAACUGUAUUUACAACCUGGUCCCCAUUAUCACGCUUCAUGUGCCAGUGUUCAGCUUCUCUACAAGAGCUGUAGCUUUUAGCAGGAAGCGGAUCGCGUAAAGGUUUCCUCGAUCGAAAGGACGCAGCUUUAGACAAAAAGAUGUAGAGCAUAUAUCUUGGUGCAUAUGACUGACUGGUGUGAAAAAUACUAUUGAUGCUCAUAGUUCUAGACCAGUUACCAGGUGGAUCCCAGCGCGUCAGAAAUCAGCUUUUCACUCAGUAUCAGUCAAUCAUGUGCUGAAUUUGGUGGUGGAGGAUAAAGAAUAGAAAUUGCUGCUCCAGGAACGAGUACAGCACCAUCGAUUUAAGAACUAAUUCAAAAUAUUAAAUGCAAUCUUGCGUGGUGUCUCGAAGCUUCAGAAAUGUAAACAUGCAAUAAAUAAAAAGCUAAAAAAUGCUCACUGUCAUGCUUCAUCAUUAAUCUUAGGACUGUUUCAUCAUUAUGGCUGGGUAAUAAACAA